AUGGCAGCUCCGGGGGGCUUGAUCCUGGCUCUCCUCUGCUGGGCAGCAGGCGAGGCCGCCGCCUCCCCGCCCUGGGAUGCCCCCUGGCACGACGCAGCGAGGCGAGGGGCGCGGGCGGACCCUCAGCCUUGGGCUUCUUGGCCGGAGGACCCCCACUCCCGAGCCGUCGGCAGCCACCAGCCGGUGGUGGUGCAGUGCCAGGAGGCUCAGCUGGUGGUGACGGUGCACCGGGACCUGUUCGGCACCGGGCGCCUGGUGAGCGCGGCCGAGCUGACGCUGGGGCCGGCGGCUUGCCAGCACUCCUCGCUCAACCCUGCCCGCAACACCGUCACCUUCGCCGCUGGCCUCCACGAGUGCGGCAGCGUCGUGCAGAUCACGCCGGACUCCCUCAUCUACCGCACGCUCCUCAACUACGAGCCCAGCCCCGCCAGCAACCCUGUGAUCAUCCGCAGCAACCCUGCCGUCAUCCCCAUCGAGUGCCACUACCCCAGGAGGGAGAACGUCAGCAGCCAGGCCAUCCAGCCCACCUGGGCUCCCUUCAGCUCCGCCUUGGCGGCAGAGGAGCGGCUGCUGUUCACUCUGCGCCUGAUGAACGAGGACUGGAGCUCGGAGAGACCUUUCACAGGCUUCCAGCUGGGUGAUGUCCUCAACAUCCAGGCAGAGGUGGCCACGGAGCACCACGUGCCCCUGCGGCUGUUCGUGGACAGCUGCGUGGCCGCCCUGAGCCCCGGCACCGACUCCUCGCCGCACUACUCCAUCAUCGACUUCAACGGGUGCCUGGUUGAUGGGAGGUCAGAUGACACCAGCUCCACCUUCAUCGCCCCCCGGCCCCGGGAGGACGUGCUGCGCUUCCAGAUCGAUGUGUUCAGGUUUGCAGGGGACGCCAGGAACCUGAUCUACAUCACCUGCCACCUGAAGGUGACCCCCGCAGACCAAGCCCCAGACCCCCUGAACAAGGCUUGUUCCUUCCACAAAGCCAGGAACACCUGGGCACCGGUGGAAGGCACCAGGGACAUCUGCAGCUGCUGUGAGAUGGGCAACUGCGAGGCUUCUGCCUUCUCCAGGAGGCUCAGCCCCCUGGAGCAGUGGCCCAGCCGCCGCUUCCGCCGCCACGAUGCCGACGGGAAAGAAGCCGAAGCCGAUGUGGUCAUCGGCCCCGUGCUCCUCUCCAGGGAUCCGGGCAGGGCGGGAGAGCAGCAAGAGGAGGGAGGUCAGGGCGGGGUGAGAGCCACCUCCAGCCUGGUGACGGCGCUGAUCUGCCUGGCGGCCGGCGUGGGGCUGGCCGGCGUGGGGCUGGCCGUGGGGCGCAGGAGGUGCAGCCCCGCCACGGCCUGA